AUGGCUUCACAGGAAGAGGUCCAAGAAACAGACUCCAGUCCUGGAUCUGUUGAAAUUGUCUCUGUUACAGAAGAAGAAUUGGCAGGUUCGGAGCCAUGCUUUUUCUGCAAAAGGCUUUUCUGUAUACAGCAGACAAAAAUAGACCCCAGUGAAAAUGAAAAUGAACAGAUCCCAACACCUCAGUGCCAUGUUUUAAUUCCACUAAGGCUGCUUCCCGUUAUCCUUGCCUUAUUACUCACCGUAAUCAUAGCAGUUGCCAUUGGCCUGGGUGUUUACUUCAACUGCAGUGGGGGAUUUCAGUGCAGAUCGUCCUUUAAAUGUAUUGACCAAACAGCGAGGUGUGAUGGUGUCUUCAACUGCAAAGAUGGAGAGGACGAGUAUAGAUGCGUCAGACUGAGUGGCAAGUCGGCUGUGCUGCAGGUGUUCAGUUUUGGAAUCUGGAGGACUGUAUGUUCUGAUGACUGGAAAGACAACUAUGGGAGUGUUACAUGUAAAUACUUAGGUUUCUCAAGUUUUGAGAGUUCAGCUGAUUUCCCUGUGGCUGCCAUUGAAGAUGAAUUUCAGAGGUAUUUCGUUACUGCAAACCACUGGUUAGCCGCUGAUCAGUUGACAUCACCACAGAAUGCUACGUAUGUGCGAGAAGAGUGUGCCUCAGGCAAUGUGAUUGUCUUAAAAUGUGUGGCAUGUGGCACUAGGUCCAGGUAUUCCUCACGUAUAGUUGGUGGAAAUGCAUCAUUGCCCCAGCAGUGGCCCUGGCAAGCCAGCCUUCAGUUUCAAGGAUAUCAUUUGUGUGGUGGAUCCGUCAUCACCCCCUGGUGGAUUGUCACAGCAGCUCACUGUGUUUAUGAUUUGUACCUGCCCAGAGCUUGGAGUGUGCAAUUGGGUUUUGUAAUACUGGAAGAACAUUCUGUUAAUCCAUACUUAGUGGACAAAAUUAUAUACCAUAAAAAUUAUAAACCUAAAACAAUGAGGAAUGAUAUAGCGUUGAUUAAGCUGGCCAAUCCACUUGCACUAAAUGGUCUUAUAGAGCCAAUUUGUCUUCCUAAUUUUGGAGAACGUUUUCCGGAAGGGAAAAUGUGUUGGGUAUCAGGAUGGGGAGCUACAGAAGAAGGAGGGGAUACUUCAGACAUUAUGAAUUAUGCCGGUGUCCCUUUGAUUUCUAACAAAGUGUGCAACCACAGAGAGGUCUAUGGAGGAAUUGUAGCUUCGUCAAUGCUCUGUGCAGGGUAUUUAAAGGGAGGCAUAGACUCCUGUCAGGGAGAUAGCGGGGGACCAUUGGUAUGCGAAGAUCUGAAUACUUGGAAGCUGGUCGGAACAACCAGCUUUGGAGUGGGCUGUGCGGAAGAAAAUAAACCAGGCGUCUACAGUCGCAUUACCUCGUUUCUGGAUUGGAUUCAUGAACAAAUGGAGGUUUAUUUUCUCAUAGUUUCUUCUCUCUGGCCUAACCUUCUACACAAUUGGGAAUGCCUUUGA